UUCUGCUUUUCUUUUUGGCACCUUUCUCGCCAAAAGUCGACGUCGCAACGUAGUCAGCACGUUAAUUUUUACGCGAAUUUGAAGAAAAUUAUUGGAAAAUUAAUUCGAAGCUUUUAAAAAAUACACAUACAACAUGGCGCAAUUCGAUUUAACAAGGAUUAAUUGUCAGUUUUUAGACCGGCAUCUUACUUUCCCGCUGUUGGAAUUCUUGUGCGGAAAAGAGAUUUACAAUCAGCAAGCAUUGUUGGAGUACAUCCUCGAGACAGUAAACAAAACCAACAUGAUUGAUUAUACUAUGGAUACACGCAAACGAUUGAAUCUAAGUCAAGAAAUGCCAGAGGAAUUGAUCCAACGCAAAGCUGAGGUCCUGGCUACACUAAAGCAAUUGCAAAACGAGGUAGCACCCAUUAUGAAAGCAACAGACAUUCUUAAAAAUGGCGAGAGCAUGAAAGAUUCCAAAACUUUCGUCAAUGCUCUGCAAAAGGAUUAUAACUUUAAGGUGGAACAUUUGGAGAGUGCAUACAAGCUUGCAAAGUACUUGUACGAGUGUGGUAACUACCAGGAAUCAACUUCGUACUUAUAUUUCUGCUUGAUUGUAAUGUCACCAAAUGAUAAGAAUUACUUGAAUGUAUUGUGGGGAAAAUUGGCUGCCGAGAUUUUGACCCUUAAUUGGAACACAGCGUUGGAAGAUUUGACACGUUUGCGCGACUACAUUGAUAAUGCCAACUUUUCAACAAUUCAGGCGCUUCAACAACGCACAUGGUUGAUCCACUGGUCUGUGUUGGUAUUCUUUAACCAUCCCAAGGGACGCGAUUUAAUUAUUGACAUGUUCCUAUAUAAGCCUCUCUACCUAAAUGCUAUACAGACAAUGUGUCCACACAUUAUGCGUUACUUGGCUACCGCCGUCAUCAUUAACCGUACACGCCGCAAUGCGCUCAAGGACCUCAUCAAGGUGAUCCAGCAAGAAUCAUAUACUUACCGUGACCCCAUUACCGAAUUCCUGGAAUGUCUGUACGUGAAUUUCGAUUUCGAAGGCGCUCGUCUGAAGUUGCACGAAUGCCAAACAGUAAUUUUAAAUGACUUUUUCAUUGUCGCAUGUUUGAACGAAUUCGUCGAGGAUGCCCGCCUUAUGAUCUUCGAAACUUUCUGUCGUAUUCACCAAUGCAUCACUAUUAGCAUGCUUGCCGACAAGCUUAACAUGAAGGCCAAUGAGGCGGAAUGCUGGAUUGUAAAUUUAAUUCGUAAUGCGCGUUUAAAUGCCAAAAUCGAUUCAAAACUGGGUCAUGUGGUGAUGGGUACUCAACCACUGAGUCCAUAUCAGCAGCUUGUGGAAAAGAUUGACUCCUUGUCGAUGCGCUCCGAACAUUUGGCUGGUUUAAUUGAACGCAAGAGUAAGCAAAAGAAUCCGGAGUCGGUCGAUUCGUGGAAGUAUUAUUAAGGUAAUGCUUCUAAAUAUUGAUGAAAAUAACAAAUUUUGUAACAAGCUUAAAUUACGAAGACAAGUAAAGGGAUUCGACAUCUUGCUUACGAGUUCGUUGAGGGAGGAGUAAUUAUAAAUAAUGUCAACAAUUAAUUUUUUUAUUAACCUUGUAAAAACCAAAGCGGCUAGAAUAAAACAACAACUUCUAUUCGGGCUGCCACAUGAAA